AUGACAGUCGUCGAUACGGCAGAUGCCGCGGGUCCGCACAAGGUACAGCAACGGCGAAAGCAGCGCACCUCGACGACCGGCGGACAUGUAGCAAUACCGAAAGGCUCACCAUCACGGUCAGGCCGACGUACAGCGUUACGUAUACUGCUGCUCAGCAUCCUCGUAGCUUUACUGGCCGCCAUCGCGAUACCCUUCGUGUUCCCAGAGUCCGUCUUGACAUCGGAUCAAGUUCAACAAGUGACGCAGUUCUUCGAGCGAGCAGGACUCAACGACGCACUCUCAACCCUCGGCAUUCCCACCACCAACCCCACAACCACACAAACGUCCUCGCACCUCUCCUCCAACAUCACUUCGAGCCUUCGCGGAGGCCACACGAACAACUGGGCGGUGCUGGUGUGCACCUCGAAAUUCUGGUUCAACUACCGACACAUCGCCAACACGCUCGGCAUGUACCGCACCGUCAAGCGUCUCGGCAUCCCCGACUCCAACAUCAUCCUAAUGCUAGCCGACGAUGCCGCCUGCAAUCCUCGCAACAAGUUCCCUGGCAACGUAUGGUCAUCCACAUCCAACCGACUCGAUCUGUACGGGCACAACAUCGAAGUCGACUACCGGGGUUACGAAGUGUCGGUCGAAAACCUCAUACGGCUGCUCACCGGUCGACUGCCACCUACAACUCCCAAAUCCAAACGGCUCGAAACCGACGCACGCUCGAACGUCUUCCUCUACAUGACCGGACACGGCGGCGACGAGUUCCUCAAGUUCCAGGACUACGAAGAGAUCUCCGCCUUCGACAUCGCCGAUGCAGUCGAACAGAUGUGGCAGAAAAAACGCUACCACCAACUCUUCUUCAUGGUCGACACGUGUCAAGCCAACACCCUCUACAGCAAGAUCUAUUCCCCCAACGUCUUGGCUACCGGUUCCAGCGAAAAAGGCCAGAACAGCUACAGCCACGGCGCCGACGACGAUCUCGGCGUCGCCAUGAUCGAUCGCUUCACAAACUUUGUCCUCCAAUGGAUGGAGGGUAUGGACAAGACGAGCAACGCGACUAUGAAACAGCUCUUCGAUGCCUACGACAGUGCAGUCAUCGAAAGCGAUCCGGGGGUGAGGACGGAUCUGUUCGGAAGGGAUGUUGCGGAUGUCAAGGUGACGGACUUCUUUGGUGGGGUGAGUCAGGUGGAUCUGACGCCCACGAGGAGGGAUGUCAUGCUCAUGUGA